AUGAGAAAUGUGACACAUUGCAUCGUGAUGUUGACUGCACAGGAGUUCCAAAAUUACACAGUUGCACGUGAUACUUUCCUUGCACAUUUAGGUGCUACUCUCUGGGGAUCCAUGAGACAUAUUGUAUCACCCUCAGUUGCCGAUGGUGCAUUUCAUCAUUAUGAGAAGAUCUCUUUUCAGCUUGUCUUCAUCACACAAGAGAUGCUGAUAAGAGGCCGUCACCCUGUAAUUUUAUUGAUGCAGAAAGUUGGACAAAUCAAACAGCUGCCAGUGGAUCUCAAGGCUCUCAUGGAUGGACUUUCUUCCCUGUUAUUACCUUCUCAGAAGCCUAUGUUCAGCCAGCAUAUGUUAACACUCUCUGAGGAUCCUGCUUUGGCUAUGGCUUUUUCAGUAGCCAGAAGGGCAGCAGCUGUCCCUCUAUUGCUUGUCAAUGGAACUUACCGGAAGACUGUUCGUUCAUAUCUUGAUUCAUCAAUCCUCCAGUACCAAUUACAGAGGCUGAACGAUCACACUUCCCUUAAAGGAGGUCAUGCCCACAGCAGGUCUACUCUUGAAAUUCCUAUCUUUUGGCUCAUCAAUGGGGAUCCACUGUUGAUUGACAAACAUUAUCAAGCAAAGGCGCUUUCAAAUAUGGUCGUUGUUGUUCAGUCGGAGGCAUCUUCAUGGGAGAGCCAUUUGCAAUGCAACGGGCGAUCACUUUUAUGGGACCUAAGGAGCCCGGUGAAAGCGGCCAUGGCUUCUGUUGCUGAACAUCUAGCUGGAUUGCUUCCUCUUCAUCUUGUCUACAGUGUAGCUCAUGAAAGUGCAAUUGAGAAACAAGAUGAAAAAACGUUUAAGCUCUUUAAAUCGAGGGAACGUGAACUGAUGAACAAGUACAAGUACGUGGUCAGCCUGUGGAGACGACUUUCGACUAUUGCGGGAGAAACACGUUAUGGGGAUGCCAUGAGAUUUCUGUAUACCUUAGAGGAAGCCACAAACGGAUUCGUAAGAGAAGUGAAUGCAACGGUGGGGGUUUUGCACCCAAUUCACUGCACAAAAGAUAGGAAGGUUAAAGUGGAAGUAGACAUGACAACAAUUCCUGCCUUGCUCAUAGUUCUUAUUCUUCUCUACGCUGUCUUAAAGCCAAGAGCUCCUAAGCCAAAAAUCAACUGA